UGCUUGGACUGCAGACAUUUUAAUGAUGGGGGGAGGCAAGGAAGGGCUGUUAGCUGAAGGGUUUGGCUGAAGAGGCUGUCCUGCGUUCCCAUCCCGACAAAGGGAGUUCCCUACCUGGGGUACCUGUAACAGGUGUCCAGGUAAGGGAGAGCCACAGAGCUGCGUUUCGCCUUUUCCCUUCUCACCAUAGCAGCUUUUUUGGCAUCGGUCUAUGGUUCGAGAUUCAGAGAAAGGUCUCCUUCACACAGAAUCAGUUUGGGGGACCCUUUCCAGGCGGGGGGUGGUUCGUCUUAGCAGCUGAAUCCGUUCUUAUUGCUUUCAAACCGUGAUGAACAAUUUAGCGUGUUUUGCAAACCCUGCUAGUUGUAACCUACUCAGCAAACCUAAUUAUGGAAAGUGUGCAUAAGGUGACAUGUGAAUUAGGAUUACUGGAGAAGGAAAAUAAGGGUCAGAACAAUAAGACGAGUAGCGAGGAUUUCCAUAUGUGUAUAUAUAUUCAUGCAUGUAUAUAUGCGUAUGUGUGAAUAGUGAAUCCACCAUCCACUGCAUGCCCUCCGGUUAGGAGGCUGGGAUGUCUCUCCCGUUUCAUCUCUUCCGGAGCAGGGCUCUGUUAUCAGAAGAGGCCCAGGGAUCCAGCCUUGUCCAACCUCUGAUGUAACCAUUUGCAUCCGGGGUCUCCAGUCUAUAUUCUUGAGGGGGAGGGAAGGAAGGGCCAGGGGGUCUCUUGGCCCAAGCAUCGCUUCUCCCGAAACUCACUGGUCUCUCGGUCCCUUCUUCCCCAGUGGCCAGCCAGGUACACUGUUGGGAAGCUGGACAUUUAGGGCGCCCAAGAAGAUGGCUCCUGCUCUGGAUUACCUAAGAUGAACCCAGAAGCACAGUUUAGGGUCGCCUGGCCAGAGCCCUUGGCUGUAAGCCAAGGGGCCUCCACUUUGCUUCCAUAAGUGCUGCGUCCAGAUUUUUUUCUGCCUUCCUUCCUUCAAAGUGGAUGCAGUUGGAAUCACUGCUGUUUGAGUAGUUUUACAAGAGACAUCUCAAGACUGUUUUGCAAUAUUUUUUCUUCAAUUUGCAUUCCUGCCUGUUUUCCGUGCAUUGCUUUGAUUGGUAGAUCAUAGCUUGUAAGCUUUCCAAGAGCAUCUGGCUGCCUGCUCUUGGAAGCAGCUUCUUUUUCUUUAGAACAAUUUUACUUCUUUAAAUAAAACUGCCCAGAUUGAAUGGAUCAGGCCAGGGCAUAAAUCAGUUGACUGAUCAAUCUAAUCAGAGUGAACUGGCCUGGAUGUGGGCUUGGCAUGUUGGGCAAACCAGCCCUUGUCGUCUGUCAACGGUGGCUUAAGGAGAUGCAGGGUGCCUCCUACACCUUUAGGUGUGUUUAAAACGGCAUUGUAAGAUUUUAUUACACCGAGUAUCAUCCAUCUUUCCCUGGCCCAGCGCAGACAAAACAACGAGCAGCAGGUAAACGGAAGAGGAAGCAGGUGGCCAGCAAGAAAACAUAAGCAGAACCAGACAACCCUGUUUUAUCACAAGGCAGCUUGCUGCACUCGUUGCUGGCGGGGCCUUUUUGUCAUUUCAGGGAGCCAGGAUCCUGGCUUAAAGUUCUCCUCCGGCCACUCCCUGGUUGGGCAAACAGACGUUUCUCAGGCAGGGCUCCCGACUGAGGAAAAAGGCAUUCUGGGACUGGCCGUCGCUGCAUGGCUCUCCAGGCAGCCCGCCCACCAGUGCUGUUCUGGAAGGCUUUGAUAGGAAGGUCCCCCUUUCACAAGAUGCCCUUUAGGUGUGGCCACACAAACUGGGCAUUGUGAGAAGGAGAAUUUUGGCCCUCUCCCUCUCUCUCCCUAGUCCCUCUCCCCACUGCCAUUUCCUUCCCUCUGCUCUGCAAUCUCCCAGCUGUGGAUGCUGUACUCCCCCCUCCCCCGAAGUGGCAUUAGGUCAAGGACAGCAAAUUGCAUCCUGGAGGCUGGAUCUUCCGAGUCUCAAGUCUUCCUCUUCUUAGCCAACAGUAGCGUUUCAAUCCUCUGCCCUUUUUCAGAGGGGGCAUCAAAUCUGCCUUCUCUGCGUGGUUCAGUGGCACCACCACCAGUGACCCAACAGCUAAUAGCGAGAAUGGUUUACAAACAAAGCUCCAAACUGCACAAUAUACAAAAAGCAAACAGUCUCUUCCUUGGAGACCAGCGGGCCCAACCCGGGACCCGCAUGAAGGGCAGCUGACCUUCUGAGCAUCAGCUCCUUUUAAAGCAGCCCCUCCCAAAUCCUCAGGUGUGGCCCCAGAGCUGCUCCACCAAGUUGUAGAUCUUUUAAUGUGACAGAAGCAGGGUGAGUAAUUCCACUAAUGUACCUAAGGAAUCUUCAUGUCAGUCAAAGCAGAUUCUGCUUGUUUAUCCUGCCUGUGUUCUCCUUUCGGAAACGAAGCAGAGCGGUCGAAAGGCCAGCUUGAAAACAGUGGCGUGCCCUGUUCUAAAUGAAGGCUGGGCCAUUAAGCAAAAACAGACGCAGAGAUGGUGUUUCAGGACCAGAGAAAAGCGCAGACUUAAUCCUGGAACAAUGUUCGACAGAUCCGAGCAUCGCUUUCUUCUCAUCUGAAAGAACCGCCCCCCCCCCCACGCCAAGAUGCUGAUUCUCCUGGCAUUUAUCAUCCUCUUCCACAUCACUUCAGCUGCCCUUUUGUUCAUCUCUACAAUUGAUAACGCCUGGUGGGUUGGCGAUGGCUUCUUCACGGACAUCUGGCACCAUUGCUUCAAUGAGAGCAACUGUACAGCCCUGGACCAUACCCUUCCAGAAUACCCGUCUAUCCAGACUGUCCAAGCCACGAUGAUCUUGUCCACGAUUCUUUGCUGCGUGGCCUUUUUCGUCUUCCUCCUUCAGCUCUUCCGCCUGAAGCAAGGCGAGCGGUUUGUGUUGACCUCCAUCAUCCAGCUCUUGUCCUGCCUGUGCGUGAUGAUCGGGGCCUCCGUCUACACCGACCGGCAGGCGGAGCUGCACCGGGGCUCCAGCUACGGCCCGGCUGGGGUGGAGAGCGGCCGGUUCGGCUACUCCUAUGUGCUGGCCUGGGUCGCCUUCGCCUUCACCCUGCUCAGUGGCCUCAUGUACCUCGUCCUGAGGAAGCGCAAAUAAAGCCGGGCGGGCGGCUGGCGAGGGAGGACAGUCCCCCGCCCCCCAGCUCUGCUGGAAUUCCAGCCCCCCUUGUGUAAAUAGAAGCGUUUGUAGUAAAGUUGUGGUUGGGCCUCUCCCCGUCCUUGGCGUCGCAUUACAAGGCCGAUGGGAGGACAGAAGAGACGAAAGAGGUGGGUGGACGGGCACAUCUGGGCAGGGAUGCCCAGCGCCAGCCAGCAGCCUGCAUGGCUCUUGGGUGACUCAGAGCCCGGGCAUGCCGGCCCCCCUCCUGCUUGUGGGGCUUCUCUGGCUCUGCAGCUCCCCAAACAACAGUGGGGCUACUAGGCCUUAACCCAAGGUGGGGCCGGGGGCACACAGGUGGGAGUCUGGCUGUGACUGGCAGCGUGCAGCAGAUGCCAGCCUCCUUAACUCAGGCCCAGCCAGCUGGACGCAGGUUUCCUUUUACGCCCACGAAGCGGAGCUCCUCACCGCCCACAUUGCCCUUGCCCCCCCCCCCGUUCUGUAAAACGCUGAGGGCUGGCGUCUUGCAAGCUGGGGCAACCGUAGCGAAUUCCAGUGCCUCCUGGGUGCCAAAGGCCCUGCUCUGAUCUGCCCUUUGUGCAACAGCACCUCUCAGUGGGGCAGCUGAGGGUCUCACUUUUGCCCUGCCCGGGGGGCACGAGGGCCCUUUGCCCCAGACGAAGCUGCUCCCCAGAGAGGCUCGAGGCCUCCUGAGCUACCUCACUGGAUGCCACGUAAGUCCCGGUCUUGAUCCACAGCUGGAGCCUUUUCCAUGUUUGGCACAGCUCCAGAUGGCCCUUCCUGUGGCCAGGCCCUCCAGUCCAGCCUGGCGCGGAAUUCCUCCCGGUUUUGUCCCUUUCCCCAUUUUCUGAGGAACUUGAAACAUUCCUUCUGCGUGCAUCACGGGAGGAAGCAAAGCCCCGAUGAGGGAGCUCCUCUCGACCUGAGGUGACCCUGCAAUGGCUGCCCGUUGGCGCAGAAGAGGCUGGACUUUGGACUGGCAUUGGCACCAAAGCUUGACCGUGUUUGCAAGCCUCCCAGGCCCCAGAACCGCCGGCAGACAUGGGCAGACUUCAAGGCAGGCCGAUCCAGAGCGGCCGGGGGGGGGGGCCUCCGAAGCAAGACGCACGGGCCACGCUGGGAGAGGGGUGCCCGGAACCGCCAGAGGCCAGGGAGACCCUUACUGACCGUCUUGGACCCGAGGCAGACUCACCGCAUCCCUCCUCUCUGCUGGCAUUUCUUCCAGCCACCCCCAGUUCUCUCCCUCAGGGAAACCAUGUUGCUUUUACUAGAUUGCGACAGGUUCAUUCCUGAAUUUUCUCACUAGGAAAUGAGCGCUACAGAACUAGUGGCUGCUUUUAUGAACACGAAGAACAGGCUCGACCUGCAAGAAUGACAGAUCUUGUCUGCUUUCUAAACAGCCCCUGCGCCAAACCCACAGAGGGCAUCUUAAAUUAGGGUCUUAUUAAGCGGAUAUUUGGAGUGAGAGAAUGGCUUUGUCUGGACUGACAUAGCAUCCUCAGACGUGUGGGAAGGGAUGUGUUCCCGCUAGACAUAUCCUCAUCCUCUUUGGCCUUUAGUGCUUUAAUUCUGCCUUUAAUUUCCACCACUUCCUCCCUUCGGGAUAACCCCUGGUCCACCCCCCCCCUUCCCUCUUCCCUGACCGAGAGCUGACUCUUUAUCUUCAGGCUGUAACUCUAUGCAGACUUUAAAAAUAAGUUUUUGCCACCGGUGAACCUUUAUUCAGAACAACUAACUCCUCUGGUGAUGUUAUAGUUUGAAUUUAUAUUUAUGUUUUAAAAAAAAUAGCACAUGUACACAAAGAUAUAACGCUAUUUACAUUUAAAUUUCUAACUCCUUCGCAAGAAGCAAAGAGGAAGCCUUCCUACAACCAGGCAAUUCUGCCUUAGAAACGCAGAACAGCCCUUUCCCACCAAGUGCAGCUGCAGCUCUACCAGAAGCGGAACAAGCCUCUCUGAGAUGCCAGAGUUCUCCAAGGUUUGGAGCAAUCGAGCAUUUGGGGUUUCUAACAGAGGAUAAAUUUGUAGCUCAAUUCCACCAACAGUGCCUCCGUUGUUUUGUAUUUUAUAUACCUAUCAAAUUGUAUGUGGAAAUAAAACAUUACAACCGGUA